AUGGCCCAGUCUGCAGCCACUGUGGCUCCAGAUACCCUCACUUCUGCUCAGAAGAUUGACAUGGUGCAGGCAGAGCUCGAGGUUGCCAAACUUCGACUUCGACAACAGGCGAGAGAGCGUCGAGGUUUGGAAAGAGUUGCCCCUUCUCGAGCAGCUGUACUCCAGAGACUUGCGCCUAAGGUCAUCAGACAAGCACCUAGACCUUCGCUCGUGCGAACCUUCGAUCAAGCACUUGAGUUGGAUAGUCCCAGCUUGGACCACCGCCGAAUCGCCUGGAACAUGAUUCUAAGUGAGCCACACACUCCAAGCACUUCUUCAGUGGCAUCCCUUUCCAAGAUCAUGCUUCGUGACCUUCUGAUGGAGAAUCAUCACUACGGUACAAUGCUCUUACUCCGCGCAAUCAGCAGCUCAGCUAUACACUCCUCGAUGCAGACUUGUAUUGCUGUCGAAGACGAGAACGGUGACCAUGAACUGCUCACUAUCCAUGACUUUGCAGUCACGAGCCACUCAUCUCAGAUGAUACAGCAAGGUUCCUUAUUUGUGAUCAAGGAACCAUUCUUCCGGACUGUCUUGGAUGAAGCCUGUGUCCUGUGCGUCGAUCAUCCGUCUGACAUCCUCUUCUUGGACACCGACAACCCCGUGUUACCUCGUGCUUGGAGAACCAGUGGGAUCGAAAGAUCAGCUGUCCAAUGGAAGCACGCUGGCAAUCUAGCUCUGAGAAGUCAGGAUCCAAUAGAAGCUGAAAGAUGCUACAACAGAGCACUCGCUGCCAUGACGGCAAGUCAAGCAGACGACAUCCUUGGAGGUAUGAUUCACCGCAAUCGAGCACAAGCUCGCAUCUCCCUGGAGCAUUGGGACGGAGCCUACAGCGACGCGAUGACUGGCAUGCGACUUGUACCCCAAGAAGAAGACGGUGUUGCAAACCUCCAAAAGAUGAGGGCCUUUUAUCGAGCAGGCCGUGCAGCUUACGAGCUCGGUGUAUAUGACCGUGCACAUUCAGCAUACACAUCAGUCACCGGAAUUGCGCCCAACGACGUUGACGGUUUGCGAGAACUGAAGCGUACAGAGGCCCGAAUGGCCGAACAAGCAACAGGCGUCAACUUUUGGGCAGCCACUGGCCCUGCAGCACACGGGACCAGGGUAGACCACGCCGAUUUCCUACGCAGAACCGAAGCUCGCCGUACGCAGACUCAUGGACGUGGGCUGUUUGCCAUCGAAAGCAUUGCAUGUGGUGAUAUUAUCCUCUCUGAGAAAGCAUUGGCAUUUGUGCCAUCACCAGCCACACCGAAGAGCUUUCAUCUGGUCAUUCCACCAUCAGCCACCAGGGGGACUUUUGGCACACAGGGUAACAUGUGGACUGCAGUCAUUCAAAAGGUACUUGCUAACCCCAGUAUCGGUCCUAGACUGCUGAGUCUUUAUGCCGGUCCGAAUUACCCUCCACUGGAGAGUCUCGACAUUCCUAUGCUGGAUGGUCGACCUGUCAUUGACAUUUUCCGUGUCGAGAACAUCAUCGAGUACAACUCUUUCGGAUAUGCUCAUGAUGCUGAUCUCACAAGUUUUGGCAAUGCUGCUCUGGCAACUCCAAGUGCGGAUUCGAUGGAUGGAUCUAUGGGCCUCUGGUCACAUGCAUCUGCGAUCAAUCAUUCUUGUCUCUACAAUGCCGAGCACAGCUUCAUCGGCGACAUGAUCAUCUUCAGAGCGACUCGCGAUAUUGCAAAAGAUGAGGAGAUUACCACACUGUACAAGGAGGUGAACGCGGAUUACGAGAUUCGAGAUGCCGCACUUCGCACCUGGGGCUUCAGUUGUGAUUGUAAGCUUUGCGAAGCAGACAGGCACUGCCCUGCAACCACGCAACGCAAGCAUCUGCUACAGCAAGUCAGGGAAGUACUUGGAAGGCUUCCGAUCUUGAACGCUACCCUGGAGCCACGUGCAAUCAUCAUGAUGUUCGAAGAUCUCCUGGCCCAGAUCGAGAAGACCUACCCUGGGGAAUUUUACCAUGGGCUCCCACGGCUUGGAUUGAUCACGCUGAACCGAUACUGCGCAUAUGCAUAUGCACGCAGUGAUACAGACAAGGCACUCGGGCACGCUCUUGCGGUGAUUGCAGCUCACGGUUACACGUUGGACAUGACAGAAGACGAUGCCGAGUUCACUGGAAACAAUGGAAUGUCGGCUCCUCAAGUUGUCGAUCAGUUGAUCAAUGUUGGCAGGCUCAUGGAAAGGAAGGAUCGUGCGGCUUUGGUAAGGAGGCUCAGGGAGAUGGCUCUAGAGAUGUACAUUGUCAUCAACGGAGAGCCAUCGGGAUUUGAGGCGAGAUAUGGCAGAGCUCGAGAGCAGUGA